GUUUCCACAUGGUAUUCAUUGUAAUUGAAGUUGCCGCAGUAGCGACAGUAGCAAAAUGACUUCCCUCAUCAGGUUAGGUCUUCAAAAAUCAGCGAAUUUUGUUAAAAUUCAUCAAAAUAUUCGUUCAAUCACUAUUACAACACCUUUACAACUUAAACAAAUUCAAGAAACACAAAAUGGCAAGGAAUUGGUCAUUGAAGGAGUGUAUGUUGAGUCUCCAAGGAGCAAACACAUGAUUAAAUUUGAUUCAAAGCAUCAAUGUCCAUUGUGUGCUCUUGGUUUAGAUGUUAAACAUACAGAUGUAUUAAUUCUUAGUCAGUUUAUGCGGUCGGAUGGAUGCAUGCUGCCAAAAAGAAUCACUGGACUCUGUAGUAAACAACAGAAGAAGAUGUCAUCAUUGGUGACAAUGGCACAGAAAGCUGGUUUAGUACCUAACAUGGCCCCUGCAAAUAGUAAAAAGGAUCCAACAAAGAGAUAUGGUUACAAGAAGUACAAUAAAUACUUUGAUGAAUCAACAAUUAAAGUAAAAUAAGAAUUUUGAUAUUGUUAAUUAUGUAGGUUGAUGAAUAAAUAAAUAAACUUGUAUAAAAUGUAAAA